CGGCUCUCACCAACUGAGCAGUAGCUCGAACAAAAGGAUCAAGAAGAUAGCUAGAGCAGGGGCUGAGGACAUGGAGGUGGAGUAUGGAUGCGAGGGUGUGAUGCGGAUGGCCGUGGAGGAGGAGCAGGGGUGGGAGACGCCGAGGAGGGACGACUGCCGCAUCCCGGCGGUGCCGACGUGCCCGCCGCCGCCGCCGAGGAAGAAGCCCGCGGUGGAGCUCGGCAGGGCGGCGCCGCGCCGGGAGCCGCCCAAGGGCGGCUACUUCCAGCCGCCGGACAUCGAGUCCCUCUUCAUGCUCGCGCCGCCGCGCAGGCACGCCGCCUCCACCUGCGCGUAAUAAGGAUAUAUAGUGAUCCUCUCCUCUGCAGACGUACUACAGCGACUAGCUGUCUCCUAGGGAUGUCUCUUGCACAUUUUGUUUUGGGUUUGGAGAGAGGAAGAUGUGCGUGCGUGCGUGCGUGCAUCCCUCUUUUGCUACAACUCCUGGUGCGAAAAUUGUACUAGCAUCAAGAAUAUGGCUGCUUGCUGUGUCCUGUGCAGUGUGUCCCAGGCCAUAGGUAGGUAGGUAGGUGUAGGUAGUUGGGGGAUUAGGAGUAGGGAAAGGUUCGAAAGUGUAGCCCGUGUAAAUGUGUUCUUUGCAAGCUGGGAAAAAGUUGUUCCUGCAAAAA